UUGAAUAGAACGUUCAUUGUGUAAUCAUCGGUCAUUGUACACGAAAAUAACUAUUUGUUUGUUCACAAAAGUUUUUGAAACUCAAUAUGACAAUUACGUUAGCAAAGUCUUUCUUUAUAUACAUAUACAAUCGCACGCAAAGAAGGUCAACCAGCUCGAUUAUUCAUUUUUUUUUCGUAGAUGUAAAGUAGAAUGAAAGAUAAAUUUCAAUAUAUUUUGGAAACUAGGACAGGUCAGAAUAAAUGAUAAAUGUUUUGAUCUGUCGGAAUUUUGAAUGAGUCAAAGGUUUGCUAGACACUGGGAUUUAUAAAAACUGAAAAUAACUGAAGUGAAAAGGUAUAUAAAACUGAUGAAAAGGCGAAUGUAAAAGUUAUUACAAAAAACACUCGAAAUGGCUGAAGAUUCUCUGAAUGAGCCCGGAAACAUAGAGGAGGAAAGUGAAGAUCUACCAGAUGGUUUUCUUUCUCAUUUCAAGAACAAUGGAAAAUACAACCCACGGGAAAGUGAGGAUGUGACGAACAAAGGAUGUCCAGACAUAUCGACGUCCGACGAACCCCACGAUGACAUAUUGCGACUUAUACAGACGUCACUCCCUGACGUCAAAUGGCGGUUAGGCGUCUUUAAUGUUCUUACCGAAUGUCAAUCGGAGCAGGAUGUGAGGAAGUCUUUAGCGUUUCUACAAAGAAAUGUUUCUUCAGCAAUCAAGGUCUCCGCCAAGGGCCAAGGCACCAUUGUUCCCAUCGAGGAAAACUCAGCCCCAACAUGCCUCAAGUGUUCUGAUUGGAUGGCAGUUAUGGAUGGGCUGGGCUUAGAAAUUACGUCACCAGGGAGCACGUCCAACAUUGAUUUUGUUGACGUCACUAUUGGGGAAAGUUCUGACGUCGAUUCUCUAAAAGGAUUUAAGAGUAUUAUGGAUUCUCUUCUGAAAAUGUCGUGGACAAACAUUCAACAGCUGACCAGACUCAACAUGGAAGAAGGUGAACUUAUUUACCACACGCUGGCGGCAUUGGUCGCAGGUCACGGUAUAAACGAAGUAAGCCGCCCUGCUCUGGAGGAAGUGGAGUCGCGUUUCCCCUUCCUGCUGCGGUCCUUGGGAUUUCGAUGCGACAAAGAGUGGUCGCCUCUCAAGUGGGAGCGCCCUGACAUCAGAGAGGAGUUUGAUGCUCUAUGUAUCGUAUUUCAUGGAUUAUUUAGAUCGCUACAUGAAAUGCAGACCAUUAUUUAAGGUGUCCUAUGAACAAUCAAGUGAAUUUCGGAUGUCUGGUGAUCCCAUAUUAAUUUGGUACCGCUUUGUAUGUGUAUCGAAAUAAAAUGUAUGAGGACUGUUCGUAAAGUUCAUGGACAACAUUUAAAUAUGAUAAGUAUAUUAAGAUAGUAGGUCUCUUUAAAAUAAAUUUCUUUUAGACACAUUUAUAUUUUGAUACAUUGUUUGGUGUUUUACUUUCGAUUGGAAUGACUAUUUAAAAUGAUAAGCAUUUUAUCAAAAUUGUUGUUGAUUUAAUAGCAAUAAAUGACUUGUCCACGAACUUAACGGACAAUCUUCGUUACCCUUCUACCAAAAAGGAUUACAAUCAUAUAUUUUGUAGUAUGUAAAUCUUAUUCCGAAAAAAGUAUUACAGACAUUGGUUUUAGGCCGUAAAAAUGUAAAAAAGGUAGUUCAUGCCCGAGUUCCAUCUAAAUAAAGGACACAAUUACACACUGCAAUAUCUUUAGCAUUAAUGAGUUUUAGUCAUUUCUAAUACGUAUCAGUUAUCAGCAAGUAAUACCGUUUCAAUAUGAUGCAUUGAAACAACGAUGCAUGGGCGAAAAAGGCAUCAACAUUAAAGAUGGUCGCCAGUGGCACCAUAUAUCAACCAGCGAGAUACCGCAAUACUAAUAAUAAGGACUUUCUGUCUCUUUUUUUUCGUUGACAUACACUUUUUGGUUAUGGUGAGUUUUACCUAUAUUUAUUCAAUGGCAAUAACAUACAUGUGUAAUUAUAGUUUGUGCAAUACCGUGACAGCUGUCAUACAAUAGUGUAAACUGAUUUUCUUGUGUGAUUUUUUAGAUCUGUUAUUGUUUAGCCUAUUUUUUGUUGCAUUUCGUAGUCAAAAAAUGUCUCAACAUAUAUUGUUUAUGGUAAAAUUGAUGUUUUAACAAAAUAUUUGUAUAUUGUAAUAUUAAUGUUUUAACAAAAUAGUUGUUUUGGUCCCUAGGGUGAUUAAUCAGUGAAAUAUAAACGAAAACAUGUAAUUUCAUAUUGAUCUCAUGCUGGUUGUUAUCAUCUUUGUUACUUGUAAAUUGCUGUGUCAGUUUGUUUAUUAAAUAUGUGCAAAUAAAGAUCUAAA